GCGGCGGCGCGGAGCCCUGGGCCCGGCUGCGGCCCGGCUGCGGCCCCGGCGCGGUGCUGGCGUUCCCGGAGGCCCGAGCGCGGCAGGGGCCCCGGGAGUCGGCGAGGCCGGCGGGCGGUGAGGCCGCGGGGCUCCGGUCAGUUCGCAGCGCGGACGCGGCCCGCCGCGUGGCUCGGGCCGAGGCCGUCGAGGGGCGCCCUGCGGCGUUUCGGGGCGGCCGGGCGCGGAGAGCCAGGCUCUGCCCUUCCCCUUCCCCGGGCCCGGCGCGGGGCCGAUGCUCCCGGGAAGGGGCCCUGCCGGGGUCCGAAGCUCACCGUAGGGCGGUCCGCUCAGGGCCAGGCCCGCGGGGACGCCGGCGUCGCGGGUUCCUCCGCGUUCUCGGCGCUCCUGCCCGGCCGACAGAGCGCCCCACUCCCCAGGGAGGGUGAAGGCCUCGGGGCCCGGCGGCUCCCUCGAGGUCCGCCGGGAGGUGGCGGCGCCGGGGUGGGCUUUCUCCCGCCCGCCGCGCCCCCUCCUUCAGUGCCCCCUGCGUGUGACCCAGCGGCGGUAGUAGAGCAGCCUUCGAAGGGUGACGGCCGCCUCUGAGUCCUACGCCUGUCGCUGGGCCCGGCUCAGCCCUGGCUCUGCUCCUUUCCCCCAGCCUGGAGACGAUGCCAAAGCUGCAGGGCUUCGAGUUCUGGAGUCACACCCUUCGGGGGGCCCGCCACGUGGUGGCCCCCAUGGUGGACCAGAGCGAGCUGGCCUGGAGGCUGCUGAGCCGGCGCCACGGGGCACAGCUCUGCUACACGCCCAUGCUGCACGCGCAGGUCUUCGUCCGCGACGCCAACUACCGCAAGGACAACCUGUACUGCGAGGUGUGCCCCGAGGACCGGCCGCUCAUCGUCCAGUUCUGUGCCAACGACCCGGAGGUGUUUGUUCAGGCGGCUCUCCUGGCUCAGGAUUACUGUGACGCCAUCGACCUGAAUCUGGGCUGCCCACAGAUGAUAGCCAAGAGAGGUCACUAUGGCGCCUUCCUGCAGGACGAGUGGGACCUUCUCCGAAGGAUGAUUUUGCUGGCCCACGAGAAACUCUCUGUUCCCGUCACAUGCAAAAUCCGUGUCUUCCCAGAGAUUGACAAGACUGUGAGGUACGCCCAGAUGCUGGAGAAGGCCGGCUGCCAGUUGCUGACCGUGCAUGGGCGCACCAAGGAGCAGAAGGGGCCCCUGUCGGGUGCAGCGUCCUGGGAGCACAUCAAGGCCGUGCGGAAAGCUGUGGCCAUCCCUGUGUUUGCCAAUGGGAACAUCCAGAGCCUACAGGAUGUGGAGCGCUGCAUCCAGGACACGGGGGUACAGGGUGUCAUGAGCGCAGAAGGCAACCUGCACAACCCCGCCCUGUUUGAGGGCCGGAGCCCCGCCGUGUGGGAGCUGGCCGAGGAAUACCUGGACAUCGUGCAGGAGCACCCCUGCCCACUGUCCUACGUCCGGGCCCACCUCUUCAAGCUGUGGCACCACACGCUGCAGGUGCAUCAGCAGCUGCGAGAGGAGCUGGCCAAGGUGAAGACCCUGGAGGGCAUUGCCGCCGUGAGCCAGGAGCUGAAGAUGCGGUGUCAGGAGGAGAUAUCCAGGCAGGAGGGAGCGAAGCCCGCCGGCGACUUGCCCUUCCACUGGAUCUGCCAGCCCUACGUCCGGCCGGGGCCGAGGGAGGGGAGCAAGGAGAAGGCGGGUGCACGCAGCAAGCGGGCCCUGGAGGAGGAGGAGUGUGGCACGGAAGUCCUGUCCAAGAACAAGCAGAAGAAGCAACUGAGGAACCCCCACAAGACCUUCGACCCCUCUCUGAAGCCAAAAUACGCAAAGUGUGACCAGUGUGGAAACCCAAAGAUGUGUGUUCAGCCUGUGCCGCGGCUGCUGCAAGAAGCGAGCCUCCAAAGAGACCGCGGACUGCCCAGGUCACGGAUUGCUUUUUAAAACCAAAUUGGAGAAAUCUCUGGCCUGGAAAGGGAUGCAGCCUGAGCUGCAGGAGCCUCAGACAGCCACACCCGGCACACCAGGUGGCUUCUCAGAAGUCAUGAGUACUGCUCUGGCCUGAAGGCCCAGAACCCCCACCCCCAGGACCGCUCCUGGAGCCUGGACUCGUCCUACUUAAGGAAACGUCUUUUACUCAGGGAAUCUCCCCUUCCUUUAACGUGGAAAGACGCGCCCUGUCCCCCUCGCCCGCCCUGGGGGCCCGGAAUGCUGCAGUGGGGAGCAGGCCCCAGGCUGGACCUGCCCUGUCCUCAGCACACACGUGCAAAAGCGAACAAUAAAUCAUUUCAAAGAUG